AUGCAUAAAACUGACUCUGGUUUUUAUGUUAUUGAUGUUUUGCCUCUUCAUCAUGCAAGCAAGAGACCAUUUCAUCUUGAAAGAAGAAUGAAAUCUAAAAAAUCUAAUUCUUCACACGUUCAUUGUCACGAUCGUAAUCACAAUAAUAACAUUAACAACAACAAAUUGUUUCAUUAUUCAACAGAGGAAGCUCAACUUAAAAAAGCAGCCUUGCUUGAACAAAGACGUCUUAAAUUGGCUCGUCAGUUUUUACAUGUGAAAAAUGUUCUCGUUAAACAACAUCAACGAGCUCUUCAUGAUUCCUCAGCUAAACGCUCCCACAUUCAAGAAACUUUGAAAAUGGCUGAAAAAAACAGAAAUACCAUUCUCCAACGUUUAGUAGAACAAUGUGCUCAAGAAGUUGCCAGGUGCAAAGAAGUUGCUCGUCAACAACAACUCAAGAAUCAAGAAGAAAUUGAUAGACGUCGCGCUGAUAUGGAACGUCGACAACGUGCUACUGCUGCUCGUCGUGCUAGACUUCUCACGGUUCCUAAAUCACGUCUACUCUCUAGUGAUGAUACUAGUCCACCCACUCGUGAAGAAGCUGCAUCGAUCAUUCAAAAUGCUUGGCGCUAUCAUAAACUCAUCAGGAUUAUUGAAACUUAUCGUAGCUUUGAUAUUUCACUUCAUACCACUGAAAACAUGACUUUUCAUAACACUGUCCAAUUAUUACAAAAACCUGCUGUUAUUCAAACCACUAGUAAAUUCCUGCAGAGAGUCACCAAAGUUUCUCGAAUGACCAUGGGAACUGGUAAAUAUAAAAAUCCUGCAAAAGUUUUCCUAAGUGCCUACAUGAUUGUAUCACAUACAAAAGAAAUCCUCAUUGAUAUUGGAUACUAUGAGAGAACUCUUUUGAAAUCAACUAAAGUUAUGGUGAAUUCAUUAGAAAAAUGGCUCAAUUCCUUUAGUAAUGACAAGCAUAAUAAAAUACAUUACAACGGGCUUCUUAAUUUCCUUUCAGCAUGGGACACUUACUACAAAGAUUUUAAUCUAUGGAAAUCAAAAGAUUCUGAAAAACUAGCCAACAAUUUGAUUGCGCAUUAUAUGGAAUUAGAAAAACUAUGGAACACAGUCAAGAACCAAGCCAAUGCCGAAACUGAAUGGAAAAACAAUAUUAUUUAUCAACAAGAAGAGAUUAGAAGAAAGAUUAAAAAUUUAGGUGGUGAUGAAGCAACUGCUAAGUUGGAAAGAACACUUAAACGUUUAAAAGAAAAUUCACAAAGUGGUGCUAGUAAUAAUAGUGAUACCGAUACUUCUGAUUCUGUGAAUGGUAUGACCACUGAUCAAGAAAGUGAUGAACAAGAUGAUGACGACAAUAAAUUGGGUGCACCUCCAAGACAACCAUUUGUUCCACCUAAUCUGCAAGCUAAGGUAUCUAAAAAAUCAUUUUCCUCGGGAACUAAGUCAAGUUAUGAGAUACCAACUGAUGCAGGAGGAUUGACAAAUGAGCAACUUAUUCACGAAAUUAUUAUUGAUCCUGAAUUUGAGUUGAAACCAUCAAAGUUGUCCGGAUUGGAAGAACGUGUUCAUAAAAUGGCUAAAAAGGCUUAUUUUGAUUCUAUAAAAGAAGAUUUUGAAAAGGGUAAAUUUGAUCGGUGUAUGCCUAAUCUUUUAAAUGAUAUUAAACAGAGACUUGUUGAAUUGAUGCCGCCUAAUUCACCAAUGUAUUCAUCUGUAAAUGAAGUACUUGAUAUUGAAUUGAUUACUCAGCAGAGUAAAGCAGGUGUAUAUAAUAUACGUAAUUGUAUUAUGUUUAUUACUAAUAUGAUGUUACAAAUCUGCGCACCAGUUCGUGAUGAACAAAUUCAAUCACUCCAAAACAUGACCGAGCUUUCAGAAAUUUUCCAAAGACUGUUAGAAAUCCUAGAUUUGAUGAGGCUGGACCUCGCAAAUUACCGUCUGAAAGCACAUAGACCUUAUCUGAAAGAACAUGCUGUUGAUUAUGAAAGACGUAAAUUUGAACAGGCUCUAGAGUCGAAUCGGUUGAGUCUUGAGCGAACAAAAAUUUGGCUACAACCAACCAUCGAUUCACUUCUUCGUACAGUGGCUGAGCGCAAUCCUGAAAAUGUCUUGUUGCCAAAUCAACGUAAUCAUGGUAUCAAGUUUGCUCAAGUAUAUGACGAAGCUCUGGUCUCGUAUAUUUUCCAGCAAGCAUUAAUUGAAAAAAAUAAUUGUCCUGAAACUUUCUUGUUGGAUACAGAAAGACUUUGGGGUUUCCAAAAUGAAGGUCAAGCAAUCACCAUUGUAGCCGUAUUGCUUAUGUUGACUAAGAACAUUGCCAUCGGUUCCUCUGCAAAUUCAAUUAGCGAAGGGGAACUUGAGACAUUGAAAAAUAAUCUUUUUGUAUUAUUGAUGGAUCGUGACAUAAAAAUGGACAAUUUGACAACUGAAAUUUUGUCACAUUUCCCAUCGAACAUUUCAUCUGAAACCCAAUCACUUGUCAAAUCCAUGGUUUCCAAAACUCUCUCCCAGUCGGAUAAAGUCUUUUCGCUUCUUUCGCGUAGGAUCCAAAGUAUAAUCAAGCAACAUCUUCAAACGGGACAAUUUCCGAAAAAGGAAACUUUAUCUCAAUAUGGCGUUCUUCCUGUUGCUAAAGAAUUGGAACAACUCAGGUUUUCGAAAGAUCUUCAUAUUGGCGCUUUAUAA